UUAAACACAAUAUGUUAGCGACACGAUAUUUUAAAGGAAAUUUAUUUUUAAGUGCUUUUGUUUUCAUGGUUUUGUUGAAUUUCACACUUGCCGAUUCACGGACCCAUAUACCUGCACGUAUAUUGGCCAAACAAACCGGUGCUACACAAUUCGAAGAGGAACAAUAUGAAACCCAUGCUGAUUGCAGUGAUCACAAGCAUCAUUUAAAGAAGAGAGCUUCUGAUGAAGAUGUCGACUAUGAGGUCUAUCAGGGUGUGGUGGGUAGACCGGGUAUUGAUUUUCCCAUAUAUCCACGUAUACCCAAGACAUCUUUCAGUUGCAGAUCCUAUGGCAAUGGCUAUUUUGCCGAUAUGGAAACCGACUGUCAAGUCUUCCAUAUUUGCGAGGAAGGACGUAAAAUAUCAUUUCUUUGCCCCAAUGGUACUAUAUUCCAACAGAGUGAAUUAACCUGUGAUUGGUGGUUUAAAGUUAAUUGUUUGGGUUCUUCUGGUUUCUAUGCUGACAGCACUGAAUUGUUGAAUAAACAAAAGGUACAACGUUUGAAACCCUCCAUACCGGUACAGGGAUUCAAUAUUGUAGGAGGUGGUUUGAAUAUUAAGCCAAGAGCACCGGCUAAAGGUUCUUCCCGUUCUAGAGUAAGCAGUAUUAAUGCUAAUAAUAAUAAUGGCAACAAUAAAUCCGAUAGACGCAUUGAUUCGGAUGAAGCACCUUCGGUGGAGAGUGUUGAUUUUGAUGAUUUGUCAGCUGAGAAACAAAGAGGUGCAUCAGCUAAACCUGAAAUUUCUAAUAUUGAUAAUAAUGACAAUGAAAAUGAAUCUCAAGUAGUGGCGGAAUCGGCCUCCUUUGUCAGCAAUCGUAAUCGCAAUAAUUAUAAUUAUGAUAAGGUUAAAUUGGAUAAUGCCCCCAAAACUAGUGGCUCUGUUAAAACCGAUAGUGGUCGUAGAGGUAAUGGUGAUCGUGGUUCCCAAAGACAUGGUUAUGGUGAACUAAAUGCCGAUACCACAGAAAGAGGACGCAACGGUCAUAGAGGACAACAACGUUAUCGCCAUGAAAAGAAAUCCGAAUCAUAUGAUCGCAAUGAAAGGGUGAAACCCACAAAGAAGGAUAGACUUGUGGUGGAUAAUAGCAAUGAUAAGUACAAUAAUCCCACAGCUACAUAUAAUUCGGGUACAUAUACUACCGCCAGAAGGUUUGAAUCUACUAGAACUACACCAUUCUAUACACCCACCGUACCUUCUGUUAGCAAAUCGAAAACUACUGAAGGCAAAACAUUCUAUGUUAAGGGAGCCACUGCUACCACACCCACUCCCCAUCGCUUCAAUGUGAAUAACAAUGGUGCCGGUAUAUUUUUGGAAUCUACCGGAAGUUCCAAAACCACAGCCAAUCCAGUGGAAUUUGAAAUUACCGCACCCACUACUCUUAGACCCAUUAUUAUAGGUAUGCGUCAUUAUUUCGAUAAAGACUUUUCGGCCGAAGUUUUGCCAAGAAAAUCAAAUCACAAAUACGAUUCCGAGGAAUUUUUGCCAACCACUACACCAGCCACCACUGGACCAACAUAUUUGCCUAAAUCAAAGUCAGCUCCUAAACUUUCGCUAGAUGCUGCUGGAGACUCUUUCCUAUUCGCCCCCAUUAGUGUGCCCCAAGAAGAUAUUUCGCGCAAUGUCAAUGAUAUGUUAAAGACCAUUAAUGUUUUGAAACAUAAUUUCGAUGAUGUAGAGCUGAUUAAAGUUAAUGGUAAAAAUCGUUUAGGUUUAGAUAUUCCACCCUCAUCUGGGCCAGAUGCUUUGAUUUCUUUAGCUCAAUACUUUGCCACAGAACAGCACAAUGACAAUACAUCGAAAAACUUGAACUCACUGGAAGAUAAUGCCGGUAAAAAGACUGGACAAAAGAAUAGCAGCAGUGGAAAUAAUAACAGAAAUGGCAGUGGUAGUGAAAAUGGCAAGACAAGUGGUAACGCUAAUGAUAUUGCUAACAGAAAUGAUAAACCUUCAAACACUUUAGCUCCCAAGGAAAAACUUUCCGACACCACGGCCACCCUAACGACAGAGGCCACUACAGUUUUGACUGUUAACAGCGAUGAUAUUCACACCAGCUUAUUGAGCAAUGGCACCGUUACUAAAUACAAUAACUUGUUUGGCUUAAAUUCUUCCGAUAACUCAAACGUCGAUCCUUCCCAGGGUUUGGCUGAUACAAAUGCUCCUAAAAGCAAGGAUGUUAUAACACCUUUCCCACAAAUCGGCACCACAGAUGAAACUAUAAGAGCUUUGUCCGAAAAGCCAGAGUCACGCAAAAUAGCUCAAGUAUUUUCAACUGCUUUGUCUAACUAUCUCAGUGAUCCCGAAAAAUUCCGUGAAAGUCUUGCUGCUGUUAGGCCAACCGAUCCUACGGUUGAUAAAAAUUCCAAAUUUGUUACUGUUACCGAUUCUACACUUUUCAACCAGGGAACGGCUGCUACCUAUUUACCAACCACACCCACCCAUGCACCUAAUGGAGCUGAUUCUACUACGCAAUCUAAUAUUGCCUCUGUGGUAAAUACAAAUCUUAUCACAUCCACUUUUACACCAGAUUCGGCCAGUACUACUGAAGAUUUCGAUUCUACCACUUUUAAAAGUUCUUCAGAACAAAAGUCUAGUUUAGAGUUGUCUGCCGAAUUAGAACCGCCCACCCCGGAUUCAGGAGAAGGAGAGGAAUUCUUGCAGAGAGAACAGACUCAGUCCUUUGUGAAACCCAGAAAUGAACUUGUGAAAAACAAAGAUAAAUCUGGCAAGGUAACCACAAUCAAACCUUGGUCUUUCAUCGAGGAAGAUGAUGUCUUAGAUCCACUUAAGAUUAACGAUGGUUUAAUGAAAUCAAAGACCACAACAUUGAGUCCUUAUGCCUACGUAUCCAAAGAUGAAACCACCGUAUUACCCAGAUCUCGACACAGCAGUAAUAUCGAAGUUUUAUCUAGUAAUAGUCAGAGAAGCAAAUCACAACAUGGAAAUUCCGAAGUUAUAGAACCCAAACACAGCUCUAGAUUACGCUCUGAAACUAGCACAUCUACAGAUCCCUGGCAAGACAUUUUCGAUUCCUAUGAUUUACCCAAAGAAUCUUUACCAUCCAACACUGGUCUACAACGUAUUGCCAAUAAAUUAUUUGGUGGUCUCAAUGAAAAUGAAGCCUACCACUUGAGAAAUGUAAUGGCCGAAGCAGAACAUAACCGCCAAGUUUUGCGUCUGUUAUUGCUGCUCAUACAAACCUGUGACGAUCAAAAUGGCAGAGCCUUGGAAAGAUCUCGCAAGCAUUUGAUUAAUGCUCUCAUCAAUAUGGAUGGUAAAAUUAAGGAUGAAACAGGUCAUGGUAAAACAUCUCAUCACAAAGACAAAACUUUGACCACAACUGAACAAUUGCCUGUUACCACCUAUAGAAAAACUGGCAGUGGAGAAGAGUUUACAACAACUACAUUAAAUUAUCCCUCUACUACCACAGAUUUGCCCACCACUACCAUAACUGGCUCUACCACCGAUGGCAGCAGUAACUCUAGCGGAGAAUCCACAACAACACCGAAAUUCGUUAUAAAAGUCGAGGACAAUGAAAAGGAAGCUUCCUCUUCGACACUCUCCGGCAUAGUAGUAGAUACUGAGGGUAAUUCGGACAGAAGAGCUUUGGAAUUAUUAAAGUCAUUAUAUUCAUUAGCUUCGAAAUUUACAAGUAGACGGUAAAAGCUUAGACUAAAACUUUUCAUUGCAACAGUGUUGUCAACA